UAACUUUACAGUUUCUUCCAAGAAAAAAGAGACACCAAACAGCAAGUGGGGAACCUCGAAGCUAGUUCAAACUAGUGGGAGGUUGAUCCACGUUCUAACCUCAAAUCAAAAUCCAAAUUUAAACACAAAUUUGAACGUUAAUUCAUCAUUUCGAAAUGGCUCGUGGAAAGAUUCAGCUGAAGAGGAUCGAGAACCCGGUUCACAGGCAAGUAACUUUCUGCAAGAGGAGAACCGGUCUUCUCAAGAAGGCCAAGGAGCUCUCUGUGCUCUGCGACGCAGAGAUUGGUGUUGUGAUUUUCUCUCCUCAGGGAAAACUCUUUGAGCUUGCAACUAAAGGAACAAUGGACGGGAUAAUUGAUAAGUACAUGAAGUGUACCGGUGGUGGUCGUGGUUCUUCUUCUGCUAUUUUUACUGCUCAAGAACAACUUCAGCCCGCAAAUCUUGAACCGAAAGAUGAGGUCAAUGUGCUUAAGAGAGAGAUUGAGAUGCUUCAGAAAGGAAUAAGGUAUAUGUUUGGAGGAGGAGAUGGGACGAUGAAUCUUGAAGAACUUCUUCUUCUUGAGAAGCAUCUUGAGUAUUGGAUUUCUCAGAUCCGCUCGGCUAAGAUGGAGAUUAUGCUUCAAGAAAUUCAGUCCUUGAGGAACAAGGAAGGAGUCCUCAAAAAUGCCAACAAGUAUCUUCUCGAGAAGAUAGAGGAGAACAACAAUAGCAUAUUAGAUGCUAACUUCACAACUGUGGAUACUAACUAUUCUUAUCCGCUAACUAUGCCAAGUGAAUUAUUUCAGUUCUAGACCAUAGGAUAUUUGAAGUCUAUGUCUUACGUAUUCAAAUAAAUCUGGGUGAGUAUAAUUAGUGUUGUUAAAUCACACAUAAUUAUAAUAAGCCUGUGGAACUUUGUUAGGCUGUUGAAAAUCUAUUUGUGAUUUUUGCCUCUUGUUUUUAAUUUGUUGGUGUGAGCAACUAAAAGUGUGGUGUGUACUUAAACUCUUUCUAUCUAUGUUUGGAAUUUAUGGAUUUUAUGGUUUGGGUUUAAUGGGGAUACCUAGCCUCUUUUCA